UGUAACAAAGGGAAGCGGGACAGGGGCCCGGGGUGCGCAGCGUCCCCUUUAAGACCGUUUUGGAAUAAUUAAUGACGUCGCGCUGUAAACACGACUGACGCUCAGCUGCGUGGCCGAAGCAUCCUCCGACCAAGAGCCCAAGACCUCUGUGUUUAUUUCACGACGGGACUACUGGGAGGCAUUAAAACAGCUGGGGUUCACCUCGACUCUCAUAUGCAGUCUCCAAAACCAAGACGACGGUGCUGCAUCUGUCCUGCUAAGUGCCAUGGCUAGAAAAACGGACAUCCCCACCUCUUACUAUGGUGAACCUCGCAAGUUUGACCCAAACUUCAGAGGGCCUGUUCAGAACAGGAGCUGCACUGAUGUGGUUUGCUGUGUUAUCUUUGUCAUUGUCAUCCUUGGAUACAUCGCUCUGGGUACCGUGGCCUGGAUUCACGGUGACCCCAGGAAGGUCGUCUAUCCAACAGACAGCCGCGGUCAGUUCUGUGGCCAGCAGAACACCCCCAAUGCAAACAAAGCCAUAUUAUUCUACUUCAACAUGCUGAAAUGUGCCAAUCCUGCAGUUUUAAUUAACCUCCAGUGCCCUACAACCCAGCUCUGCGUCUCAAAGUGCCCUGACAGAUUUGCCACUCUCCUGGAUGCAAUGAAUACCAAAAACUGGGAAUAUUACAAGCAAUUCUGCAAGCCAGGCUUCGAGAUUGGCAGUAAGUCAGUCAGAGAAGUCAUACGAGAUGAAGACUGCCCGUCUAUGAUUGUGCCAAGCAGACCUUUCCUUCAGCGGUGCUUCCCUGAUUUCAUUAGAAGAAAUGGAAUUUUAACUGUAGCCAAUCAGACCAUCUUCAAAGACGGUGAAAAUAACAAGAGAAGUGUCGACGACCUCAAAGAUGCUGCCAAAGGUAUCGCCAGUCUGCUGAAUGCCAAAGAAGUCGGCAUGAAGAUCUUCGAAGAUUAUGCAAACUCCUGGAUCUGGAUCCUCAUAGGUCUGGUGAUAACCAUGGUGGUCAGUCUGCUCUUCAUCUUGCUGCUGCGCUACACUGCUGGUGUGCUACUGUGGCUCGUCAUCUUUGGUGUCAUCGUUGCAGUGGGAUACGGCAUUUGGCACUGUUACUGGGAAUACAGCAAUCUGAGCAGAAAGCCGGGCUCCAAUGUCACCAUCACUGACAUUGGCUUCCACACAGACUUCAGCAUUUAUCUUCAGCAAAGCCAGACGUGGCUCAUCUUCAUGAUCUUGCUCUCUGUGACUGAAGCCGUCAUUGUGAUCAUGCUGAUAUUUCUGAGGUCAAGGCUGCGCAUCGCUAUUGCGUUACUGAAGGAGGGAAGCAAGGCAAUCGGCUACAUCAUGUCCACCCUCUUCUACCCUGUCAUCACCUUUUUCCUUCUGGCCAUCUGCAUCGCUUAUUGGGCUGUCACAGCAGUCUUCUUAGCAUCAUCGGGUAACGCAGUCUACAAGGUCACACCUGCUGAUGAUAAAUGCAUGUAUGCAAACCUCACAUGCAAUCCACAGACCUUCAGUAAGACCAACAUUACCAAGGUGUGCCCCGGGUCACAGUGUAUGUUCGCCUUCUACGGUGGGGAGAGUCUGUACCAUCGCUACAUCUUAGUUUUCCAUCUGUGUAACCUCUUUGUGUUCCUCUGGCUGGUCAACUUUACCAUCGCCCUGGGCCAGUGCACCCUGGCCGGGGCCUUCGCUUCCUACUACUGGGCCCUGAAGAAGCCAAAAGACAUCCCUGCAUGCCCCCUGUACUCCUCCUUUAGCAGGGCUAUACGUUAUCACACAGGUUCUCUGGCCUUUGGGUCGCUAAUCCUUUCUGUGGUGCAGAUGAUCCGAAUUGUUCUCGAGUACCUGGAUCACAAACUGAAAGUUUCUCAAAAUGCCUGCGCUCGAUUCUUGCUCUGCUGCCUCAAAUGCUGCUUCUGGUGCCUGGAACAUUUUAUCAAGUUUCUAAACAGAAAUGCGUUCAUUAUGAUGGCAAUAUAUGGGAAGAAUUUCUGCACCUCCUCCAAGGAUGCUUUCUUCCUCUUAAUGAGGAAUGUUGUUCGGGUGGCCGUCCUGGACAAGGUGACCGACUUUCUGCUGUUCUUGGGAAAACUGCUUAUUUCAGGAAGUGUUGGUGUUCUUGCGUUUUUCUUCUUCUCACGUAAAAUACCAGUUUUUCAAGAGGAGGUGCCAUCACUAAAUUACAUUUGGGUCCCCCUAUUGACGGUGAUAUUUGGAUCCUACAUGAUCGCACAUGGCUUUUUUAACGUCUAUGCUAUGUGUGUGGACACAUUGUUCCUGUGCUUUUUGUGGGAUCUGGAGGUGAACGACGGCGCUCCAGCCCGGCCCUUCCGCAUGAGCAAAACACUGAGGAAGAUCCUCCACAAGAAGAACAGAAGGAAGUAGCCCGGAAGGAGAAAGAAUAAAGGUUAACACCAAAGCAUGGUACAAACCCACGUGGCAUAUGGGAAUAAACACUUUGCCAUAUUUAAUGGAAGUGUACACAAGUUGAAGCUGUACACUAUAAUUGACAACUUGUAGCUAAGCAACAUGAAUAAUUAGAUUCACCCACACAUAGUAAUUUAUGGACUCAGUGAUAGUUUAAAAAGUGAAAAGUCUUUAUGAAUAUUUUUAUACGUGUCUAUGUAAAGGAAAUGUGUGUAUUUGUGUACGUUUUACUGCCACAUACAAUAAUGGAACAUGUAGUUGCCAAUGUUCACCACUUGGUGGUGCCAGUCGUUAGCAGAUGACCUGUACACUCUGUGCUGUUGUUGAUGCACUGCUGAGUUCCUGCCGUGAAAUGGUCAAACUUCAGCUCAUCUCUGUUCUCGCAGUUUUCCAGGUGUCUCACAUUGAGAAAAAUAUUCACCACUCAUUGCCGACUGUGUUUAUGUUUAAUUUGUUGGAACAUCUUUAUCAACGUUCUUAAAGGGAUAUUUAGCAGCAAGAGAUGUCUAACAGGUCUGGUUUAUUAGGUGUGGGUGAAGCAGAAUGACGUGUUUGUGUUUGUGUGCAGCAGGAAAUGCAGAAACUCAGAAUUCUGCAUGUGUUUUGACGUGGGCUUGUGUGUCAGUCACAAUGCACUGAAACCAGUGACAGGUAUAAAAAGUGUUAAAGUGAUAAUCUUUGAAAGUUACCUCAUUGGUGUUAGAGUCCAUUCUUACUGGAUUUAAAGGCUUCCAUCACAGGAUGAUGACGGCGGUCACUUUGAAUUAAGUGACUGUGGAUUUCCAAACUAAUCCGAGUGCCCUUGGACGCUUCCUGUAACCACGCUUACAGUUAGGGCUGUCAUGGUAUCGUAUUUUCACUGCGUGGUUAUCGUGGUCAGACUAAUCCAAAUAAAGAUAAAAAUCAUCAUCUCUGUACAGACCAUUGAAAAGCAAAUAAUGCUAUCAGUUUAAGUCAUCUUUAAUAUUGUUGUUUUUGUGUUUUGUUCCUAUUUUUAUGACACUAACCACCAGCCGAGGAGGUGGAAAGAGUCUGUACCCAGAACUGUACAAAUGAAAACAUAAAUGGCACAAUUACGUUUAAUUGAUAGUGAAAAUACAACCAUGUGACCUGAUGAACAGCAAAUCCACAAGGCUUAACGUCCGAGUUUUAACUCAUUGCUGGAUUAUUUGUGAUAUAAUCAUAUGUGUAUUAUUAAAACAGUAUCGAUAUGUAUUUUUUAAUAUAUGAUGCCUCACACAACCCCUGCUUCUCUACUGACCAUUUUUAUCUUUGAUAAGUUUAAGAAAUAUAUAAUUAGGUCCCAUUAUGUGGCAAACGUAUGUAACAUGUCUGUGGGGCAGAAGAAAACAAAUAGUAGAGGAGCUGGUUUAAAGAUGCUGGAUUGGUUUUAAUAGGUUUUAAAUACACACAAAAUAUUUGAGUCUUGUAUUAAUAACCUUAAACAAUAACAAAGUUUGUUAUUGGA